GCGCGGUGGGCGGGCCGUGACGUCACUCGGAGACGGCGAGUCAGCCACGAUCCCGGCGGCCAUAGCGACGACGCUCCCUGCAGUGUCGGGCGGGGGGGCUGACAAAGGGGCUCCGCACAGGCAGCCGGCGAGCCAGGACCCGGCGGGCCCCGAGGGAAUUGCCAAAAUGCGUUGGAAUUCUUAAAUGACUCAAAACCAGAAAUCUGUUUGGGAUACAAAAUCAUAAGAGCAGAAGAAGCAGAAGGAAGGAUUCGGUGCCAAUGCAGCAACAAAAAAGACAGCCAGAGUUAGUGGAAGGAAAUCUUCCUGUUUUUGUGUUUCCUACGGAGCUUAUAUUUUAUGCAGAUGACCAGUCAACACACAAACAGGUGUUGACUCUAUAUAACCCCUAUGAGUUUGCCUUAAAAUUCAAAGUUCUUUGUACAACUCCAAAUAAAUAUGUUGUUGUCGAUGCUGCAGGUGCAGUGAAGCCUCAGUGUUGUGUUGAUAUUGUGAUUCGUCACAGAGACGUUCGGGCUUGUCACUAUGGUUUGAUAGACAAAUUCCGUCUCCAAGUGUCUGAGCAAAGCCAGAGGAAAGCAUUAGGGCGAAAAGAAGUCAUUGCUACACUACUUCCAUCUGCAAAAGAGCAACAGCAAAAGGAAGAAGAGGAAAAAAGAAUAAAAGAACAUCUGGCUGAAAGUGUCUUUUUUGAGCAGACUUUGUGUCAACCAGAAAACAGAUCUGCCUCAUCGGGACCUAGUUUACUAACAGUAUUCCUAGGAAUAGUAUGCAUUGGAGCACUAAUGCUACCGACACUGGGGGAAGUGGAAUCCGUGGUGCCUCUCUACCUCCAUUUAAGUGUGAAUCAAAAGCUAGUAGCUGCUUAUGUUUUAGGUCUUAUCACCAUGGUUAUCUUGAGGACAUGAGUAAUGAUUUAAUUGGAUGUAAAAAAAGAACCCCAACCUUAUGUUACUAUAUAUUUACAUCAUGAAUGUGGACUGCCUUUUACUCUCAUGUGAUGCAUUAAGAUGCUAGAAAAGCUAUUCAGUGAUUUAAAAUACUUUCAAAAGUGUAAUAUAUAUCUUAUCUAUGUAUAACUAUAAAUAAACAACAAGACUCUUAGGUGCUUCGGUUACAGCUAUGGAAUGUUUAGUGAUAUCCGUGAAAUUAUUUUGAAGAAACUUUUAUAUCUACAUCUACUGUACAAAAGACAUAUUAAAGCAACAUUUGUUAUUUUAAA